AUGCAUUUCCUUCCCUACUCGCUUGCGCUGUCAUGCAUGCUUUCUCUCGUCACCGAAUCUCUCGCAAUCCCGACCCCGUCACCAGCAACACCAGUGUCGAUCCCGCUCGUCAGACGGAGACCUAAACGCAACAACACGGAUGAAUGGCUCCAGCUUCAGAGGGAUGCGGUCGUCGCCAAGUAUGGCAUUGGCAAGUCUGCGCAGCAGAAGCGCGCGAGUGGGUACAACCUCCUUGGGAAUCAAGACGGGGACGCGUCCUUCUACGGCUCAAUAGCGGUUGGCACACCCCCCGUUGGCUACAACGUGAUCCUGGACACCGGUUCAUCAGAUCUCUGGCUAGCCGGCUCCAGUGCGUUGUCAGAUACCACGUCGGGUAUCUCCACCUUCAAUCCCAACACGUCAUCCACAUUCAAAGACUUGCAGACCUCGUUCCAGAUCACUUAUGGCUCCGGCGCGGCGCAGGGCUUCCUGGGCACAGACGUCGUUCAGAUGGCCGGCCUGAAGGUCGACGCACAGACGUUCGCUGUCGCCACGGCAGUAACAGAAGACCUGCUGAACAGCCCCGUAUCGGGACUCAUGGGCCUCGCGUUUGAAACCAUCGCUUCGUCAGGAGCGACUCCCUUCUGGCAGACCGUCGCCACCAACGGUGGGCUCGACCAGCCGCUCAUGGCUUUCCAGCUCACACGCUUCACCAACGACACCCAAGCCCGCGACCUCGAGCCCGGAGGAACAUUCAAUCUCGGCGCCGUCAAUACCUCGCUCUUCACUGGGGACAUCGACUUCCAGGACAUCCCGGGCGGUCAGGGCACGUAUUGGAUACAGGAGUUGACCGGCCUGAGCGCGAAUGGGGCAUCCGUCGAAUUGCCCGCAGGCGCGGCUUCGUAUGCUGCGAUCGACACGGGCACGACGCUCGUCAUUGGCCCUACCGACGGCAUCGCGGCGCUAUACGCGCAGAUCCCUGGGAGCCAAGCUUUGACUGGCCAGAACGAAGGCUACUACGCGUAUCCCUGCAACGCCAACAUCAAUGUCACCCUCCGCUUCGGCCAGAGCACUAUCUCCUGGCCGAUCUCGGACGACGACUUCGUCCUUCAGCAGCGCGGCAACAUCUGCAUCGGCUCGUUCAUCGCCGUCGAUACCUCCGCGGGCUCGCAGGUGCCCCCGUGGAUCGUCGGCGACGUCUUCCUCAAGAACGUGUACUCGGUCUUCCGCGCGACCCCGCCCUCGGUAGGGUUCGCGAAGCUGAGCGCGGCCGCGAUCGCGCAGAACGGCGCUGACGGGCCGGCGCCGAGCCCGACCGUCGGGUCUGUGGUGUCCACGGUCGCGUCGGUGGAGACGGAAGGGGUGCGGUCGUCGAAGCCGAACGGCGCGGUGAAAGUAAGGGCGGCGUGGAGCUGGGCGGCCGUUGGGGCGGCGGUGCUGCUGGGGAGCUGCGUGCUGUAG